AAAGGCCUGGGUGAAAGCAGGAGAGGCUGCCUCCUUACCGCUGUGCUGGUGCUCAGCCUGCGUGGGCGUUGCUAGCUUGAAAGGUGCCCCACAGGCUAGGGGGAAGGCCGGGUGUGCGCCCCGGCGAGCUAGCGGGAAGGUCGGGGCUGGCCUGCCCUGGCUCUGCUGGAGGACUGUUUGGGAGCCGCAGGAGAUGAGCAUUGUGAGCUCUCGCCGUUAUGGAGAGGCGAGGCAGGGAGGGGGGGUCUCUUUUCAGCCUCAUGCUCCUGGGGCACUGAGAGUGAGGUGGCGUCACCAGCGCGUGCAGUGACAGUUCUGGUAUCGGUGCGAAGGCACAGUCAUGCACACGACUGCCAGUAACACCUUUACCUCCAAGUGCUUCACACAGGGGCCUGCCUACAAAAACUCCUCACUCAAAUGCCCGGCGGAGCGUGGCUGCCCUCACCAGCUCCCAGCAGCUUUGGACAGGAAGAGAAAUGGCCUAUUGGCUAGAGCCAUGGAGGGAGGCAGGACGUGAGGUCUAACUUCUCCUGGCCCCUGCUCCACCCCCCUAUGCCUCCACCUGCACCCUCACAGUCCGGGCACAACCCCACCCUUGGCCUGCUCUCCCAGGCCUCCUGCUUUCCCUGCACUGCUCCCGCAUGGGGCCAAGGAGGCCCUGAUUGGGUCUCUUCCCCUGCCCCUCCUUGGUUCAGCUCUCCUAGUCAGGGGCAAGGGAGCCAGCUCUGCACAGGGGGCAGUUCCCAGGCUUCAGAGGGAGGUGAGCAGGUUCUGCUUCCUCCACCCUAUCCAUCAUCACGCGACGCCGCCCCCGAGACCUUUGAGUGGGGCCCAGGCUGGCCCAGGGCAAGUGCCUCUGCACCAGCAGCCAGGGCUGGGCUGUGCUUAUCAUCCCCCUGGCUGGCACCGGCCCCCGGGGCUCCUUGUCUGCCCUGCUACAGAUACCAGCAAGGCUCAUGUGAUUAAAGUUUUUCGUGUCCCUGCUCCUGAGCAGAGGCGUUUCCCUCCCCCCUGGACUUUGUGCCCCUCUGAGCCCAGGGGAAAAUCACCAGCUGGGACCCAGCCAUGCCCUGGGCAAGGGACCCGCACACCAGAGCAGCAGCUUCUCUAGCACUGCAGAGCCAUGUUCCUGCUCCGCACAAUCCCAGCCCAGCACUGCUGGCUGCAGGAGGGGAAGAGGGAAACCAGACUGGUGGGUUCGUUCCAUCUCCUGUGUCCCAGGGGUGGGCAGGGACCCUUUCCCUGGGACAGCAAGGUACCCACGGCCUGGGCUGUGACGCCAGGUCCCCCCAGACAGAGAAGAAACAGGUCAGGCCCUGCUAUGGCAGUCUCUUGCCAGGCAGACACAGAGCUCCGGGACCUGGAUGAGGAGCAGCUCUGGGAGAUUCUGGAGAGCCAUCGCUACCGGAUUGUGCGCAGCACCUGCCCAAACCGGCUUACCCCCUACCUGCGCCAGGCCAAGGUCCUGGACCAGCUGGAUGAGGAGGAGGUUCUGCAUGGCCCUCAGUUCACCAACAGCGCCAUGAGAGUGGGUCACAUGUUGGAUCUUCUGAAAACCCGGGGGAAGAAUGGAGCCCUGGCCUUCCUGGAAAGCCUGAAACUUCACAACCCCGACACCUACACCCUGAUAACUGGCCUGGAACCCUCCAUUGAUCUCAGCAACUUCAGUGGCCUGAUCGAGACGUCCAAGCUGACCGAGUGCCUGGCGAAGGCCGUGAACAGUUUGCAGGAGGAGCUGACCCAGGAGAAGCACCAGAAGGUGUCUCUGCUGCACCACUGCCGCCAGCUGAAAGACCACGUGUCCCAGCUGGAGGCCCAGAACAAGUGUCUGCGGGGCAUCGAGGCCGAGCACAACCGCAUGAAGAGGGAGGUCAGCUCCCAUUUCCACGAGGUGCUGAAGCUGAAGGAUGAGAUGUACAACCUGUCCAUGCACUACACCAACGCCCUGCAGGAGAAGGACCUGGCCAUCACGCGGAGCCAGGGCCUGCAAGAGGAGCUGUAUCUGAUGAAGCAGGAACUGCAGCGAGCCAGGGUGGAGUCCUACUGUGAGAGGGAGAGGUCCCUGCGCAUGCCCAGUGAUCUGCAGCCACAGGCGGAUGAGCUGCUGCAGCUGAGGGAGGAAAAUGAGAAGCUCCAGUCACUGGUGGUGCUGGAGACUUUCAGCCUGGUGCAGAAGGAUAUCCUGGAGCAGAACCUGGAUGAGGCUCUGGAGGGCAAACAGGAGCUCCUUGAUCGAAUCCACUCACUGAGGGAGCAGGCAGUGAUCGCUGAGAAUCAGCGCAAGCAGUAUUGGGAGGAGAAGGAGCACACCCUGAUGGAGUGUCACAAAAUGAAAGUGGACUGUGAGAUCUACAAGGAGAAAAUCAGUGCCUUGCAGGGGCAAGUGGCUGAGCUGCAGAAGGAGCGAGAUCAGGCAUACGGCGCGAGGGACACGGCCCAACUGGAGAUCUCCCAGAACCUGUUGGAGAAGGAUUCCCUCCGCAGGAAAGUUUUUGAGCUGACGGACCAGAUCUGUGAGCUGAGGAAGCAGGCCAGUCAGCAGCAGGCAGAGGUGGGCAGCAGGGUGCACGGGGUGAAGGGGGAAGGUCUCACUAGCCUGGAGCCUGAGGAGCAGUGGCCGAAGAGGAAACAGCGGCUGGUGCGCAUGCACGCCCUCUGCCCCGGGGACAAGAGCCAGGGCAGCCUCAGUGUGUCCGAGCUGUGCUCAGAUUUCAGCGUGAGGACGAGCCACGAGCUGCCAGAGAGCUUCCGGUCGUGCAGCCCCAUCCCGCCCUGUAAGCUCUCCCUGCAGAGGAGAGCCACGCAGGAGUGCCUAGAGAGCUCCCUCUCCACGAGCAGCUCCCAGGAGUUCCUGGAGGUGGAUUUCAAUCACAUUUCAGGGGAGAAGGCAGAGUCAUCUGACUUGAACUAUGAGAUGGUGGAGAAGGACGAGGGCAAUGCCCGUCCGCUCGCCUUAGAUGAGAGGUACGUCACGCUGCCCACGGAUUUCUGCCCCCCAUUAGGGAGGGCUCAGUGCCCUCCCGGAGCCUGGAAUAAAGCAGGCACGCCCAUUCGCCGGCGGCCUGCACGGCGGAUCCUGAGCCGCAUCACCACCAUUGCCUUCCAUGGCAAUGCCCUGCUGGAGCAGAUCAGCAUCAUCGGGGGCAACCAGACAGGCAUCUUCAUUCACAGGGUCACUCCUGGCUCAGUUGCUGAUGAGAUGUCUCUGUCCCCAGGCAGUCAGAUCAUGGUGGUGGAUUAUGAAGUCACAGACCCAGCAUUCAAGGCCAUCCUGGAAGAUGCAACCCUGGAGGAGGCACUUUGGGUCCUGAAGAGGGUGAAUGGCUUCUGCUGCCUGUCUGUCAGAAUGAACAUGGAGGGUUACAAGAGGCUGGUGACUGACCUAGAGAACAAGGUGGUGACCUCGGGUGAUUCGUUCUACAUCCGGGCUAACCUGGCCCUGGAAGGGAAGGCAGCGGGGGAGCUGCCGGUGCAGUGCAGUGACAUCCUCCACGUCACAGACACCGUGUUCCAGGGCAAGAGCCAGUGGAGUGCCUGCCAGGUGAAUCCCUACAGCAUGAAGGACAUGGAUGCAGGCAUCGUCCCCAACUACUACCAGGCUCAGCGACGGCUCAUCGGCCUUAUCCAGGACAUGGCCCAGCAGACCACAUCUGCUCGUAAGGUUUCAGGGGGGCAGCCAAAGCUGGUGCGGAUCAUCAGCACAGACAAGAGCAAGAUCAACCCUCUGUGGUCGUCCAUCGACUGUAACGUCUACGAUCCCAACCAGGCGGACGCCUGCCCCCAGAUCUGCCUGCAGGCAGGGAGCUGCUUCACGCUGAUGCCGUACACGCUGGUGAGACCCCACAAGCUGGCCCAGCUGCGCCCUGUUCUCUUUGUGCCCACGCUGCUGGGGAAGAUCCUGAGCGACAAGCUGUGCCUCUCCAAGGGCUUUGAAAAAUGCCCGUCAGGACUCUUGUGUGAGGCCGAAUGCACAACCCAGAAAGGAACUUUGGUCCGGGGAAAGAGGGAGCUGGACAAUCGCUGCUGUGUCACAUGCCAAGUGCUUCAGCUGCUGCUGGAGAAGGACGUGCACAGCCUGCUGGACGUGGGGCUGGAGUGCGUGCGAGCCCUGCACGCCGCGGGGAUCUAUCCCAUCCUUCUCCUCAUUUCCAUCAGCGAGAAGAGUGCCAAGAAGCUCAAGAAGGCACUGCAGCGCCUCGGAGCGACAGAGGAGCAGCUUCUGGACUGUGUGCGGAGAGAGGAGGCCCAGCUGGAGAAAGUGCCCUGCCUGUACGGCACCGUCACCCCCGACACCUGGAGCGACCUGGACACGCUUGUCGGUGCCGUGCGAGCAGCCAUCGCCAAUGAGCAGAAGAAGAUUGUGUGGCUAGAGCAAGAUCUUCACUGAUCUCCCUGGACACGGGAGGUGGGGGGGGGGCAGGGGGAACCAACCGUCACCUUGGCAACUCUGCAAAUGUCACCUAUUUAAACCAAGAGUUUGGUUUGGGGUGUGGGGAGGGGGAGGUUUGAAAGACCCUCUUACCUAAAGGGUUAAUGGACUUCGCAGCGCUGGGUGAGCCCCCCGCCUGCCCAGCUGGCCUCUGCCCCGUCAGCAGAGAAACACAGUAACUCUAGUUCAGAGAGAGAGAGGCCGGUUUUAAUGCCACCCCUGUCAUGGUGUGAAAGGGCAGCUGGCUGGCGUGAGCCGGGCUGCCUCUGAACGGUGUCCCUGGUGCCAGAGCGGGUCCCCGGGCUGGG